AUGAAAUAUUACAUGUUGUUGCUGUUAACAACUUGUUCACUUGUUGUUGCCAAUGAAAGUUAUGAAAAUGAUUCAGAAAAUUUCCCACCUAAGGUAGCCUGGGUGCCUAUUGUACAACGGAAUAUGACUGAAACCAUUAACAAAGCAUUGGAGGGAAACGAAGAUAAAAUUGCUCGAAUAAGUAAAAUGCUCGAGAAAUCUUAUGAACAGAUUAGCCAUGACAUAGCAGAAGGACAAACGCUUAUGCAUGAACUUGAGCUGAAAUCCAAGACGAACUUCUCUCCAUCAACGAUGUUCAUGACCAUAUGUCCAAUUUUAAUUUUACAAUUAUUUUAA